AUGGCUUCCUCUCAAGGCAUGGCCGCCUAUGCUGCGCCCUCUCUUUUCCAACCUCACCUCGCCCGCCAGGCUAUCCGUGAUGCUCACAAGAAGAAGAUCCCCCCGUUGCUGGGAUACUAUGGCGGCCUUGGAUCCGUAAAGGUCACGCGCUGGUUGGCACCCAUUGGUUUUGACGCUGUUUGGGUCGAUUGGGAGCACAGCAGCAUGAACGUCGAGACGAUGACGACCAUUGUUCACGAGGCCAUUUUCAUGAGCCAGGGAAGGACGAUUCCCUUCGUAAGAGUACCAGGGCACGACCAUGCGGCCAUUGGAUAUGCGCUGGAUGCUGGUGCCAGUAUCAUCAUUCCUCAAGUUGAAACAGUCGAGCAAGCCAAGCACGUGGUAUCGGCAGCCAAAUUCGGGUCCAAGCAGGGCGGCAGCCGCUCGGCCCCUCCUUUCCGGCUCAUGCGAGGCGUCACAGACGCGCCAUUCGAGAAGGGCAGGGAUAUAUUUGAGGCAAUGAACCACCAGGCCGCGAUCAUGAUUCAGAUUGAAUCGCUAGCCGGAAUCAACAACCUCGACGCCAUCCUCACCGAAGUGCCCGACAUCGACAUCGUAUGGCUUGGGACACUCGACCUUCGCGUAGAGAUGAAUCUGCCCAGCAACAUGGGCAGAGGCGGCACCGAGCCCGAAUGGCUGGCAGCCAGGCAAAAGUUCUUUGACAUCAUGGACAAGCACGACAAGCCCUACGGCGGCUUUGCUUUCACCACUCCUCCUUUUGGCACUCCGGAGUCAUUCAAGGAGGCCGUGAAGCGCAUGUCCUUUGUCAUUCAGGCAGCGGAUGUCGCGGCGCUGGCGGCCAUGGGAGAAAUGUUGAUGCUCUCGCGGGAGCUUGCGGCGCCGGCGCCGGAGUCGGACAAGAAGGUCAAUGGAGAGAGCGGACACGCAGUCAAUGGUGAGAAGUCGUGA